AUACAAGUUUAGCCAAGACAGGUAAUCCUGAUAAAAGUGCAAAGUUGGAAGAUCAGAACAACGUUAAUCUUAGAAUGCUUGAUGGAGUUGAACAGUUGGACAUAUCAGAAAUAACAAGAGCGAUCUCUGCUGAAAUUAGUAAUUUAACAUCUACAUUUAAAACGCAUAUCUACUUAGUCUAG